AUGAUGGGCGCAGUAAAUGGCUUGUGUUCUGAAUGCCGUGGAGAACGUGGAGACGUGAGUUCGAUUGACGAGAGCAGGUUAUUGAUCGUCUGGAAAUUGCCACUUGCUGAAGUGGUCAUUGAUUUUUUCGAGCGAUUGAAACGAAUCACCUCUGGAUACGCAUCGUUUGACUAUGAACAAGACGGUUACAUCGAGACAAAGCUGAUCAAACUGACAUUAACUAUCAAUGGACGAGAGGUGCCCGAGUUCUCCCAAAUCAUUCCUGCAGCUAUGGCACAAGAACGAGCAAAGCUACUGGUGCAUCGCCUGAAAAGAGAAAUUCCACGACAGCAGUUCGAAGUCACGAUCAAAGCUUGUGUUGGAAGUUCGUCAAAGGCGCUAUCGCAGGUGUCUAUCCAGCCGAUGAAACGAGACUUUACCCAAUUGCUCAAAGGCAAUUUUGGUGGUGGAGGAAAGGAGCGUUUGAACAAGAAGUUAAGCCAUCAGAAGAAAGGCAAGGAACGUAUGAAAAUGAUAGGUAAUGUACAAAUACCAAAAGAGGCGUUUUUGAAUGUGCUUAGGAAUUAA